GCACGCCUAGGAGAGCCGCGGAGGACUCCUGAGGAGGGACUCUCGCAGGCUGAGAGAGCUUCCGGGUUUCGGACGCGGGACUUCGCGGUGGUGGGAAGUGAGAGGCUUGAGAUUUAAGACUGCAGGUGCCAUGCAUCCUUUACAAUGUGUCCUCCAAGCACAGAGAUUGUUAAAGUGUGGGCCAUUGACUUCUGUGUCCUGGCUGCUGCUCAGGACCUGCAGAGCACAUAGCAGAGUCUCCACUUCAUGUCCUCGUCCCGAGGGGCAGAGUCCAGAAGGCGUUCACAAGGACUUCAGCUCCAGGCUAGCCACUGGACCCACUUUUCAGCAUUUUUUAAGAAGUGCUUCAGUUCCUCAAGAGAAACCAUCUUCUCCAGAAGUGGAGGACCCACCCCCCUACCUCACAGGGGAUGAACUCCUAGGAAGGCAGAGAAAAGUCUACUUGGAGACCUAUGGCUGCCAGAUGAAUGUGAAUGACACAGAGAUAGCCUGGUCUAUUUUACAGAAGAGCGGCUAUUUGAGGACCAGCCACCUCCACGAGGCUGAUGUGAUCCUUCUUGUCACGUGUUCUAUCAGGGAGAAAGCUGAGCAGACCAUCUGGAACCGUUUACAUCAGCUGAAAGCCCUGAAGGCAAAGCGACUGUGCUCCCGGGUACCUCUGAGGAUUGGGAUUCUAGGCUGCAUGGCUGAGAGACUGAAGGGAGAGAUCCUCAACAGGGAGAAAAUGGUGGAUCUCUUGGCUGGUCCAGAUGCCUAUCGAGACCUUCCGCGGCUGUUGGCCAUUGUGGAGUCAGGUCAGCAAGCAGCAAAUGUGCUUCUCUCUCUGGAUGAGACCUACGCGGAUAUCAUGCCAGUCCAAACCAGCCCCAGUGCCACUUCUGCUUUUGUAUCAAUUAUGCGGGGCUGUGACAACAUGUGCAGUUACUGUAUUGUUCCUUUCACUCGUGGCCGGGAGAGGAGUCGGCCAGUUGCCUCCAUUCUAGAUGAAGUGAGGAAGCUUUCUGAGCAGGGGCUAAAAGAAGUGACACUUCUUGGUCAGAAUGUUAAUAGUUUUCGGGACAAUUCAGAGGUCCAGUUCAAUAAUGCAGUGUCUACAAACCUCAGCCGAGGCUUUACCACCAACUAUAAAACCAAACAAGGGGGGCUUCGUUUUUCUCACCUUCUGGAUAAGGUUUCAAGGAUAGAUCCUGAAAUGAGGAUCCGUUUCACCUCUCCUCACCCCAAGGACUUUCCUGACGAGGUUCUACAGUUGAUUCACGAGAGACACAAUAUCUGUAAGCAGAUCCACCUGCCAGCCCAGAGUGGGAGCAGCCGUGUACUGGAUGCCAUGCGGAGAGGAUACUCAAGAGAAGCUUAUGUGGCAUUAGUUCAUCAUAUCCGAGAGUCUAUCCCAGGUGUGAGCCUCAGCAGCGACUUCAUCACUGGCUUCUGUGGAGAGACAGAGGAUGAUCACCUGCAGACAGUGUCUUUACUUCGAGAAGUUCAGUACAAUACUGGCUUUCUCUUUGCAUAUAGCAUGAGACAGAAAACACGAGCAUAUCAUAGGCUGAAGGACGAUGUUCCAGAAGAAGUAAAACUAAGGCGUUUGGAGGAACUCAUUACUGUCUUUAGAGAAGAGGCUUCAAAAGCCAAUAUGACUUCAGUGGGUUGUACCCAGCUGGUAUUGGUGGAGGGGUUCAGCAAACGUUCUUCCACAGACCUGUGUGGCCGGAAUGAUGCAAACCUUAAAGUGAUCUUCCCUGAUACAGAGGUGGAGGAUGUCACUAACUCAGGGCGCAAGGUCAGAGCUCAACCUGGGGACUAUGUGCUGGUGAAGAUCACCUCUGCCAGCUCUCAAACUCUCAAAGGACACAUUCUCUGCAGGACCACUAUGAAGGACUCAUCAGCAUAUUGCUUGAACUGAGCGGGUGGCUUAAUAAUGGACUUGGACAAUGUUCCCUCAUGCUUUGGAGACAAGGUAAAGCAGUCCUGAAGCGUCUUUGUACCAAAUGGAGUAGUGCAUCUCUUUGUUGUCACUUGAACAACUUUCACAACAAUAAAUUUCAUAAAUUAAUGUUUUUUUUGUCUCUAUUUUCCUUAAUUUUUGUUUUGGCUUAUUUUGCAGCCCUUCUAAGGAUUUUCCUUAUGGCCAUCUUUUUCAGCUUUUCUCUUUAAAUGUAGAAACACCUGAGGUUUUGGAAAAUGUUAUUACCUAUUAGUUGGCUCUGAGUGAUGGUUCUUGGCUUAUUUACCAUUGCAGUUAUUUUUAUGAAGUAAAAACAAAAACCAAGAAAAUCAAAAUCUGAGAUGGUAGCAUGGGAUAUUUAGAGCUAGAUUUCAGUUCAAAUCCCUAUUCCUUUAGCAUUAUAUGAGAGCUGUGGGUGUAACUCAGUGAUAUAAUGCGUGCUUGGUUAGAUCCCCAGCACCGUGUGUGUGUGUGUGUGUGUGUGUGUGUGUGUGUGUGUGUGUGUAGAAACAUAAUGUUGAUAGAGCUCUUGCCCACUUCUUCCCCUGAGAUGGGUUCUUCCCUAAUGCAGGCUGGCUUUGAAUUUUUCUUUUCCGUCCUCCUGAAUGCUAGAAUUAGAGGUAUAUACCACCACAUCAGGUAUGCACAUCUGGGAUCAGAUUUAGAGCUUGAUGCAUGCUGAGCAAAUACUCCCCAUAAAUUGAGGUAUGUCCACUGUCCACUAUAAGCUCUUCCAUAUAGAAAUAGUCCUUGAAAAAUUUGCUGCUGAAACAGACUCUAUACUUGGGCAUGCUGAGCUGUUAAUUGUGUCUGGCUGUGCUCUGCUUCAGACACAGCUAGUCUGCAGACUAGCAUGACAACUCAUGGCAGUCCG